AUGCAUCAAGUCGAAUUCGAUCCGAGCUACCUCCACGCGCUUACCUCCCGCACAGUGAUCAUCACAGGGGGCGCUGGCGGAAUUGGUGCAGCCACUGCAAAAGUGUUCAACGAACAUGGCGCCAAUGUUGUUAUCGCAGAUAUACCUAUCUUCGAAGAGAAGGCCAACGAGAUUAUCGCCUCUCUUCCCAAUCCCUCACAGGCUCUUUUCGUACCUGUGGAUAUCCUGAAUUGGGAAGAAAUGACUGCUUUGUUCAAACGCACUAUUCAGAUGUUUGGCGCUCUUCAUGUCGUGGUAGCUAAUGCCGGUAUUAUGGAGUCAGCAGAGGUUUUGAAUUUAAACGAUGUGGACGGUGAUGGAAACCUACGCGAGUCCCAGGAAGCGUUUAAGGUUAUUGAUGUGAAUUUGAAGGGAACUCUGAACAGUAGGUGUAGACAAAUCCAACUGGAACAUAAUAGUAGUACUAAUAACGCACUAAUACUUUGUCUAGCUUUGCGACUUGCCAUGCAUCACAUGAAAAAAGAUUCUCUCAGUGACGAUGUGCCACCUUCUAUCAUAUUGGUAGCUUCGACUUCGGGAACGGGUGUCUCUGCUUAUAUUUCCUCGAAGCACGGAGUGAUUGGAUUGCUACGAGGGUCUCAGCAAGCUGCAAGAAAAUACGGUAUUUCGGUCAAAGCAGUUGCCCCAUUCUUCACUCCCACGCGCAUCACUGCUGGCUUUGCGGACAAAUGGAAAGAAGCCGGUCUUGAAGAAAACACCCCCGAGAUGGUUGGAACUGCAAUCGCUCAGUCUGCUAUGAACGACACUAAGAGUGGAAGUUGUAUUUUGGUUGCAGGAAAUUUCCUGAGAGAGUUAGAGUUUACAAGAACAGAAAUGAUGAGCCAGUGGCUGGGACAGGAUGUGGUUGACUUUAUGUACAGGGCAUUCGGGUUUUUCACAAGCAUAGGUGGAUACCAGCUGCCAAAAAUCAGCAACUAG